UCCUCCAAUGAUCGGGGGUGGUUUCCGCGCCCCUUUAUUGGUUAUGGAUCCACCCCAUAGAAAAAAGCGAGAUGUUUCUGAUCCUCUAGGACUUCCACCAAAAACCACAUCAUGUCGUCCUGGCAAGAAAUACGAUGUCAAUAUUUCAGAAGUAUUUAAAAAUGGAGCAAAUGCUGCUUUUCACAAUAAAACCUUAAUCACAGUGAUUGAUGCAAAGGAGUUUUUAAAGCCGAACGUAGAAUAUUUUGUCACGGUAUCAAAGGAUCUUGUCGGCUGCAUAUACAUUGUCAGUGCACGGGAGUGGGAGAACCUUAACGACUUUCAAAGAGGUUGGCUGAAGAUUAACAAUAUAUAUGCAAACAAUUGCGGAGACUUAAGCAGGUGCUUCAAAGAUAUCCCCGAGGAAUCGGAUCCCACUUUCGGGUGUUACGACAGAUUUUCGUUCUGUUCCUCAAGUGACAGAAAGCUGAAAGGACAAAAGGGAGAUUUAAACAGGUGUAUUAAAAGAACUAGAUUGUUAAAAAAUAUAAUCAGACCUUAAUAAAAAUGUAAUCGGUGUAUAAUACGCAAGAGAGGUCACUCAGUUC